UAUAAAGGGAACCCUUAAAUUUGCUUUCUCCGCAAUCGCCUGUUUCUGAAAGAGAUGUUCGAAAACCCCUUCUCGGUGCUCGUAGAUGGCUUACAGAGGAAGAGGACGAGGAAGAGGAAGAGGUGGGUUUGGCGUUGAGUAUGCGAAGGCAGAACCUUUCGUGAUUUUCCCCGACAUAGCGUUACCUGACCGCAAAUCAAUCUCAGAAGACAAGCAAUUCAAUGAUCGUUUUGACAAGUUUUGGAAAACUUCGAUUUACCACUUAGGCGAUGGAGUUUCAAAGAAAGAGAGUGAGAGUUUAGAUAUUGAGAGGUUUUCAGACACGUUGAAGCCAAAGAAGAAGAAGUCUCAUGAGAGGGGAUCUUUCUAUGACUAUCUUGUUCUUAGACCUGAUAACUUCCCUAAAGAACUUCUUGGAGAUACUCCAAGAGAACGGCCUGUGAAGAGAGCUAAAUGGACUCAAGACGCAGAUCUGCACAAGUUGGAGGUUUUGGAGAAGCUUGGAGCAAAGCUUAAGGCUGAAAGGAAGGAAGAGAAAGGAGAAGGUGAUGAUGAAGCUGAGGAAUCUGAGGGAGAAGAUUCUGAUAACGGAGAUUAUGAUAAGACUAAAGACUUUGAUGAUGAUGACGACGAUUAUAACAAGCCGGAGGAUAAUGAUAAUGAAGAAGAGUAUUAAAGCUAAUUGUCCCCAUGUUUUAGUCCAAGAACUUGAGCAUUCACCUAUUUUCCCUCUCUUGAUUCCCUCUUUAAACUUCUAUGAUCAAAAGCUAAUUCAAAUAUCAAAAUACGGAGUAAUGCAUAUAUUAGUUAACAUUUAAUGUCGACCAAGACCCGUAUGGAGAUGAUUAAGUGAAAACAUGAACAAGCUUAACAUCGCAAACUUAGGUUCGA